ACAUAAUCCUAAAGAGAGAGAUAGAGAGAAGAGAAGUUGGGUUUGCAAUGGAGAUCUCUAUCAAAACGUUGAAAGGAAAGAACAUAAACCUAGAGGUUGAAGAUAGCUCCAACACUAUCGACGUUAAAAUCCAUGGGGAGCCGAUGCGUGAAUUAGUUGUGCGACUUGGUCCUUCGGGUUGGGGUGCGGCAGUCAUGCGUAUUUUUGUAGUGACUCUUACCGGCAACACUCGUACCGUCGAGGUUACUGGAUCCGAUACCAUUGGAGAAGUGAAGACUAAGUGGCAGGAGAUGGAAGGCAUUCCAGUGGACCAGCAGAGGCUGGUAUUUCAAGGCAGGCAGCUUGAAGACAGUCGGACUGUAGCUGAGUGCCACAUCAAGCAUGGGUCGACCAUGCACAUGAUUUAUCGUCUUUGCUGUUGCUAAAAUGUCUCUCUUUGUGUUUGUUUUCCAAUGUUUUUAUCAUGAGUUAUUCUUGGGUUCACCCCUUAGGAUUUAGGUUCACCAACCAAUAAAAAAUUGUCAUUUUAGAUCAAGUAUCUUUUAAUUAAGAAAACCAAAUAAUUUGGCAAAUUAUAUUAUCUUUUCAAAAUAAAAUUUAAAAAUAAAUAAAAAUAAUAUAUAAAAA